AGUGUGUGCAUGUACGAUUCAUGGCGGCAUGUUGUGAAGAAGAGGAAGAAGAAGAAGAAGAGCAGGUAAACACUUUCUGAGGGUUUGUAUUUGAUACAGAGCUGAAUGAACACGUGAUGAGAUGAGAUGUUUGAAAAUGUCUGAGGAGCCAGAGACAGGAGGACCAGGAUCAGGAUCAGGACCAGGACCAGGACCAGAACAACACUCUGUGGGACAUGAUGGUUUCAAGGAGCCACAGUUCAAUCUAAAUGUAAAGGAAAGAACAGCAGAUCCCAGUAUGAACACCUGACACUGACAUUACAGUGGACAGAGCUAAACCAGAUUAAACAGGUUCAGACUCACUGGUUCCAGUCCUCCCACAGCAGAGCACAUGUACCAGACACCACUCAGACAUCACACACAAACACAAGUCUGGGUCAUGUGAUCAGAAUUGAGGAAGGGAAACAUAAAGUUUGAGUUUUUAAAAGAAACUGGAUUAAUGAAGAGGAUUUAAUAUUUCUUAAUGUAUUUCCACAGACCCAGCGCUCUGGUAGGGGGCGCUGAUGCACCUCAAACGAUAACCACCAGUAAAGAAGAAGAUGCUUCGCUCAGUUUCCAGUUUACGUUUAAGUCUUAACGUGAAGGUGAAACUAGUCUCCGCUGGUUUCCAGUUCACCUCUGACCUUCUGCACCUUCACCCACCACAGCUCAGCCAAGAGGCUGGUCUGUCCCAGCAGGAGGCGCUGGAGGUGCUGCAGGCUGUGAGGAGUGGAGGUGGGGGGGCGUCAGUCUCUCUCACUGCUCUGGAGCUCCUGCAGAAGGAGGCGGAGACGAGGAGCAUCGUGACCUUCUCCUCUCGACUGGAUGCGGCGCUCAGCGGCGGCGUUCCUGUCGGGAAAACAACGGAAAUCUGUGGAACGCCAGGAACCGGGAAAACACAACUGUGUCUGCAGCUGGCGGUGGACGUCCAGGUGCCUCAGUGCUUCGGGGGGGUCGGAGGUCAGGUGGUCUUCAUCGACACCGAGGGCAGCUUCCUGCGUCAGAGGGUCACCGACGUGGGCGUGGCCGCAGUCAGACACUGCUCCCUAUUGGUCGAGGAUGAGGAGCAGCGGGUCGCCAUGACAACCUUCACCGUGGAGGAUAUCCUGUCCAACAUCUUCCUGGUGCACUGUUUUGACCACGUGGAGCUGCUGGCGGAGCUUCACCUGCUGCCCGACUUCCUGUCCGAUCACCCGAGGGUCCGCCUCCUGGUGAUUGACAGCGUGGCGUUUCCAUUCAGACGGUUUGACGACCUGUCACAGAGGACACGCCUCCUCUACGGCCUCGCCCAGCAGCUUUCUGCUAUAGCAACCAGACACACUGUGGCUGUUGUGAUCACCAACCAGAUGACCACGCGGGUGCGGGGCAGCCAAUCACAGCUGGUCCCUGCCCUUGGGGAUAGCUGGGGCCACGCCUCCAACAUCAGGCUCCUCCUCCAGUGGUCAGGGUCACAGCGCCUGGCAACAGUUGUUAAAUCUCCAAGUCACGCGGACGCCACCGUCCAAUACCAGAUCAGCUCAGACGGCUUCAGAGACACUGACCAAUCAGGAGCCGGCUGAUUGGACGGAGGGUUUUCAAUAUGUGAAGAUCAAGGAGACGAUUCUGCUCGGACAUGUUCAUGAGUUUCACUGUAAAUAAAUAACAGACUGUAAAUAUGUUAAAACUGAUUCAAAUAUAAAGUAAAUAAUAAUAAAUAUUAAGUUUUCCAUCAGAUAAGUGCACCUCGUCCCGCAGCUCAUACCGGCGGCUCAGCACAUUUCCCCUUAAGAGCAAGUCUGAUAUUGAGUGGACGUGUUUUCAUGUAGUUGAUCAUUUUUAUCACAAUGUCGAGAACAUGUUAAAGUUCUGGUUCAAGUGUUUUGCUUGCAGGAGAUUCUCUGUGAAUGAUACAGUGUGUGGAAUGUACGUGUGGCUCCACUGGUAAGACUCUCUCUUUCAGUCCUGUCCCUACACACACUAAUACAGUUUACUGAAGAAGUUUGAUAUAUCUGUGGAGUCAUCUGACUGUAAAGCAUAUUUCCCUUUCUCUGUCAACCAGCACCGGGCAAUAGUCCCAUUAGACAGCAGCACUGAUUCCAGAUCAUUCCAGCAGGUUUAAUGUUUCGCGAUUGUGUCUGGCUUUUUUUCCUGUGCAAUUAAAUAUGUCAGCUCAUAUGAUGCCCUUUGAGCUGCGGCUGGGAUUCGCUUUUGAUUUAGUAAGGACUUUAUUUUGGUCUCGUAAAUAUUAAUACAAUAAUGGGCUAGAUAUUCCAUUUAAAAUAAUUAAAAAUUGUGUUGUUUUUUUU